UAAACUCAUCUAUGUGCGGCCUAACCCUAAAACUGGUGUUCCUGUUGGGCACUGGCCAAUCCCAGAAUCUUUUUGGCCUGAUCAGAAUUCACCAACACUGCCUCCACGCACAGCUCACCCUGUUGUGAGGUUCUCCUGUGUGGAUUGUGAGCCAAUGGUAAUAGACAAGCUUCCUUUUGACAAGUAUGAGCUUGAGCCUUCACCCUUAACACAGUACAUCUUGGAACGAAAGUCUCCCCAUACCUGCUGGCAGGUAUUUGUGAGCAGCAGUGGAAAAUACAGCGAACUUGGCCAUCCGUUUGGGUAUUUAAAAGCAAGCACUACUUUAACCUGCGUAAACCUCUUUGUGAUGCCUUACAACUAUCCUGUUUUACUUCCAUUGCUAGAUGACUUAUUCAAGGUUCACAAACUUAAGCCAAAUCUGAAGUGGCGACAGGCUUUUGACAACUACUUAAAAACAAUGCCUCCGUACUACUUACUGCCAUUAAAGAAAGCCCUAAGGAUGAUGGGAGCUCCAAAUCUGAUAUCAGAUAAUUUAGAUUGUGGACUUAGUUACAGUGUUAUCUCUUACCUUAAAAAACUCAGCCAACAGACAAAAAUAGAGUCGGAACGGAUAAUAGGUUCAGUGGGUAAGAAAGUUCCACAAGAAAUUGGAAUAAAAGUGAAAAAUCACUCCAGUGGCCUCUCCUUGGUACACAGUAGGGAUUUUAAGCAACUGCUGCAGGGGAUCACUGGGGAAUCUCCACUCAGACUGGCGGAAAUGAAUGUGAAAGAAUUUGCUGGCUUCCACAUAGGACUUUUAAACAAGGAUUUGAAGCCACAGGCGUUCAGAAAUGCAUAUGAUAUUCCUCGUCGCAGUCUUCUAGACCAGCUAACUAGAAUGAGAACCAAUCUUCUGAAAACACACAGGCUUAUCUUGGGGCAGGAUGAAGACUGUCUUCAUAGUGUUCCUGUUGCUCAGAUGGGAAAUUACCAGGAAUAUCUGAAAAUGAUGCCUUCACCCCUUCGGGAGAUUGACCCAGAUCAACCAAAAAGACUUCAUACAUUUGGCAAUCCAUUUAAACAGGAUAAGAAGGGUAUGAUGAUAGAUGAAGCAGAUGAAUUUGUUGCUGGGCCUCAGAAUAAGAUUAAGCGUCCUGGAGAGCCCAACACCCCAGCGUCACUAAAGAGAAGGCGUAGCAUGUCACCACUGCUGAGACGGCCACAGUCACCGCCCGUCGUAACGAAUCACGUUGGUGGGAAAGGGCCACCAUCUGCUUCUGGAUCGCCAUCGUAUCUGAACCUCAAAGGUGUCCCAGCAAGUAAAGAUACCAAUAACAGUAUUGUCCAAGAUGGCAAUGGGGAGAAGAAAGCAGAAAACUGUCAGUCACUGGAAAAGCAAAUUGAUGGCUUACCUGUGCAAAUGGGUCCUUCAGUUCCAGCUGCUAUCGGAGAGGAUGAAAUGUUACCCGAUGACCUAGACUCUCUACCUGUUGAAUUCAAUUGUUUAAAUGAAGAUGGGCUGGAUCACAAACCUGGUACCAACACGCUUGCUCGAGGGUCUUUAAAUUACAGUGUGGCUGGAGAUGACCAAAAACGGGUGAUAGAGUCCACUUCUGAAUCCGUGCCAAAUUCAUUUAAAAUAACACCUAUGAUGUUGGAGGGAAACAACGCUGAUAUUAAAAUUAAAGUGAUGAAAGAGGUUCGCAAACCUGGAAGAAAUUACGAAAAAGUUUUCUCUCUUCUUGAAGAGGUGCAAGGACCUAUAGAAAUUCGGAAGUAUUUCAUUGAAUUUGCUAUCAAGGAAGCAGCAAGGUUUAAAAAACGGGUCUUAAUACAACACUUAGAGAGAAUACUAAAGGAGCUAGAAUUCAACAGCCUACCCAACAGAGUAAAUCAUGUCAACAGUAGAUAAUAACGUACCGGCCAGACGAAUAUGGACCAGGAAUGAGUUUGCUGUGCCACAGAAGAGUGGAAGAGGAUGUAGCUGCUGCCCUCACCAUCUUGGCAGUCAAGUGAUUUUACUGUCACAGUCUGAGAAGAAGCAGUGGAGUUUUAACUUUAAGAAUCUCCAUCGGCAGAAGCUGGGCUAUAACCUUAAGGAUUUGCUAUGAAAGGUGUGGCUUUUUUCCUGUGGAGGGUGCUAUUUGCUCAGCAGGCUGAAGAAAAUAACCAUUGCUGCCCCUCCUGCAGGUGAUGAGAAUUUACUCAUUUGAACGCUGUCAUUAGACAUUUACGUGCUAUAGGCAGCAGGUUGCACUAAAAUGGGGCACUGUCAAAUGCACACACUGUCUGCAUCGUGGAGAGAGAGCCCGUGUGUUCCCAAAAAAAAAUCCUCCCAGAAACACCUGCACUGGUAAAAUUGCAUGUUGCCACCACAGAGAAAAGGGUUUUGUUCCCAAGAACUGCUAGCCAUGCCUUUAAACUUGAGAUUCAGUGUAGAUUGAGAGUAAAGAAACUGCUAUUGUGUUAAUGAAAGCUAAAGACAGCCCUGUGACUGUUACCACCUGAUGGUCACUAAACAAUCUACCUCAGACUCUCUUCUGUUUUGUCUGCAGACAUUAUGAAAGUGCACCUGAGGCUUCCCAGGUCCCCGACUUCAGUUCUCUUUCAUCCUGUGAGGAGGACGGAGAUUCUUCAGGUGGCCUUGGCACACGCUGUGCUUUGGAAGCACUAAAAGGAAACGCUUUUAAAAAUGUGUAUUUUAAUGUUCAUACAAAAGAGAUUAUUUUGAACAGUAUUGUUACCAGAUCACUAAUUUGAUAUUUUAACUGUAUAAUUUUUUGGAACAUAUGUAUAUAUAAAAUAAACCAUUUUAUUAAUUUUUAAUAAGUGCUAAUCUGA